AUGGCAAAUAAAUCCAUUAUUCAAAUAAAGAGAAGCGAAGUAAAGCUUAAGUCAAGCACCAAACUGAAAAGGACUGCUAAACUCGAUGGGAUAUCAAAAAGAAGUAAUGCAUCACAAACUUUAAAAUCGAAUAAAAAACAGAGAAGCUUGUUGGAAUUUAAUAUUCCAACAACGAAAAUAAUGCCCAUAGGACACAGAGGACCUAGUGAAUUUUCUGUCAAAGUUAAUAAGGUAAUAAAUCUAAAUGAUGAUAAUUCGAAUGAAAAUAAUCCCAAAUAUAAUGGUAAUUCUAUCAAUAAAAUAUAUACAGUAGAUGAUGUAGUAGAGAUUCUUUCAGAUGAUGACGAUAAACUAAAUGACUCUAAUAUUGGUACAGGCUAUAUUGCCGCUGAUAAGAUUCAAGUCAAUGAAAUUGAGCAAACGAUAUAUAAAAGUAUUAUAUGUCCCAUUUGUGAAUUAUGUUUAGAUGAUCUUAAAAUUCAUGAAAGAGAAGUACAUUGUGAAGAAUGCAUAGAAGGAAGUCUAAAGAAAGAAAGUGAAACAUCAAUUAAACUUUGUCAUGAGGAGAGUCUGGCUACCAUCAUAGAUUUAGAAGGAGAAAUCCAACAAUCCAACAAUACUGAUAAAGAAAUUACAACUAACAGAAAAGAAGAAAUACUUAUAAAUCAAGAUCAAGGGAACAAAAAAGAAAUCGUAAUAGCGGAACAGAAAAAUGUGACUGUAAAGGAAAACAAAAAAGUUAUUGUUCAAAGGAAAUCAAAACCUAAGGCUCCACUACCCAAAUUUAAGAUUCUAACAUUUGAUGGUGGCUCCUACAAAAUUGUUGUUGAUGGUUUUAACUAUGCCUCAGAACCUGAUAUAAAUAAAUAUUUCCUUUCACAUUUUCACUCAGAUCACUAUAUUGGAUUAAAAAAAUCCUGGGAUCAAGGCAUUAUAUAUUGUACAGAAGUAACUGCAAAAUUAAUGGAAUUAAAAUUUAACCUUACUGGAGAUAUGGUUCAAAUAUUACCUUUAAAUGAACAUUUUUGGAUUGAACCGUACCUUUCUGUGAUAGCAAUAGACGCCAAUCAUUGUCCAGGUGCAGCUAUAUUUCUAUUUCAAGAAUGGGAUAAGGCAAAACUAGACACACUUCCCUCAUUAAGACAAAUAUUGCAUACUGGAGAUUUUAGAAGUAAUAAAAGUAUGAUCGAAAAUAUUAACAGAAUUGUAAAUGGAAUCAGCAUAGAUGAGAUAUACCUGGAUACAACAUAUUUAACCCCUGGAUAUCAUUUUCCGCUACAGAAAUCAGUUUUAGAUACAACGUCUAAUUUUGCUUGCAAACUUGAAAAUGAUGGUAAACAAUUGCUAUUUAAAGAUACUCAAAGGUCGAUAAUGAGUUUUCUUAAAAAUAAAAAUAAAUGUAAAUUUAAUAAUUUAUUUUUAAUUGGAACUUAUUCAAUAGGGAAGGAGAAACUUGCUAUAUCAAUAGCUAAAAAGCUGAAUACUAAAAUAUUCAUAAAUAAAGACUCGCUUAAAUUUAAAAUUAUUUCCCAAUAUUUAAAUUGCUUUCCUGCGGAUAUAAUAACUAAUGAUGUAAGUGAAUCUUAUGUUCACUUAGUGCCUAUAUCUGUGUUGAAUUCGAAAGAAACUAUUGAAAACUAUAUUACAACUUUAAGUGAAAGCUAUGAAAAUAUUGUUGGUUUUAUACCCACUGGGUGGACGUUUAUGAAUCGAUAUGGUAUUAAAUUAGAUCAGUAUGAAACGAUUGCUGAAAAAGUAAAGCAUUGUCAGGAGCUAUUAGAUGAGAAAAAUGCAUUAAAAUAUGAUACAUUUAACAUCGAUUCAAUACUUAAGCAAUAUAAAAAAUAUGCGAAAUAUCAAAUUUUUAAAGUUCCGUACUCUGAACAUAGUAGUUUCAAGGAUUUAAUUGAAUUUGGUAUUAAUAUAAAUUGUGAUAAAUUUAUUGCGAUAGUGAAUUUAGAUGAUAUGAACAAAGUAGAUAACAUGAUCUCUUGGUUUAAAGCUUGGGAAUUUAUCAAAAAUGCUAAGGGAAACGGGGUAUAG